AUGACCGACAACUGGUCGCCCAUUUGCGUGGCCUCGACAGCCUUGGACUCCUUGGUAGAGCCAAUUCCUGAUGUCGCAUCUCCCAACCGCGGAGAUAUUGGAUCUCCCUCUUCCUCACAAGAGGAGUGUCUUUCGUCUUCCAGUUAUGGGGAUCCUGCAUCUCCAUCUUCCGCGAAUACAGAUCCUGCGGUCCACGCUCAGGAGGAUCUUUCCGCUCACCAUUUCAAAGGUGCUGAAUGGACCCCAGACGGCACCACACUCCUUGCUGAAUCGGGGGAUCAUCAUAUCAGAACCUUCAUUCUACCUCCGGAUCUUCUAGAAAGAGGUUCAGCACAUCGUCUCUCUCCUUACUCGACACUUCCUUCAGCAGAGCCAACUUAUGCAUCGGCCAUAUACCCUUUCUUUAAUCUCCAGGAUCCAACCACAUGCCUCUUUCUUUCCUCGGUCCGCGAUCACCCAAUUAGGUUAGCAUCAGCGCUGGCUCCGAUGUCGGUUGCGAGCUACUCGUUGGUGAAUCCGACCACCGAAGCAUUUAUUACUCCGCACUCUUUGCUGUAUCCCUCCACGCUUGGAGGGACCCAUUUCUUGACAGGAUCGGAUAGCAUGAUUUGUCUGUUCGACGUCUCCCGUUCUGGUAAUGACGGUCCUGUGUCUUGGAUGCCGACAAUCCCUAGUAAGCGCAAGCAAAUUGUAGGGGGUGGUGUUGGUAUGAAGGGUAUCGUAUCCGCCAUGGCCAUCAAUCCCACCGGCGAUGGCAUUCUUGCUGCUGGGACUUUCACCAGACAUGUCGGGCUCUACAGCUCCAACGGCUCUGGGGAGCUGUUGGGGACCUUCAGUAUUGCAAAGACUGAGGCUAACCGGGAGAUCGGAGGAAAGGGUGUCACUCAACUUUCGUGGAGUCCCUGCGGACGGUAUUUAUACAUCACCGAGCGCAAGAGUGAUGGCGUUCUAGUGUAUGAUAUUCGCGUGACUGGACAGAUGCUCGGGUAUUUGCGAGGGCGGAACGCGAUGACGAAUCAGCGCAUGAAGAUCGACGUUGUUUCCGCUGGUGCAGAGAGCUCUCAUGAGGUCUGGGCUGGGGGUACGGACGGUAUGAUGAGGGUCUGGAAGAACCCUGCGUACACUGUGGGGGCUAAGGAUCCAGAUUGGGAAGUCAAGGUGCACGACGAUACCGUUACAAGCACAGCGUUCCAUUCGACAGGGAGUGUUAUGGCCACCUGCUCAGGUCAACGGCGGGAUGAGAAUGGUGGACGGGCAGACAACAGCCUGAAAGUCUGGUCGAUGCCAUUCCUGAACUCGGAUUGA